AUGUCGACGUCGCGACUGAAAAGAAACCUCGAGGAGCUCGAGGCCAAUAAGUCGGAUCCGGACGACUCGGAUUACGACAACCGCGCGAGCAACCCCCAGCGCCGCCGACCCAAGAAAUCCUCCCGGUUCUCACAGCCACCCUCCAAACGCCGUCGUCAGUCUUACGGUUCGGAUGGAGACGAUAUAGACGACGACAUCGAUGAUUCCCAGGAUGAUUUUGGCGCCUCAACCGACGACGAAGACUUCACCACCACUAUCACUGGGCGUCGAGUGCGGAAGGCCGCAAAGAACCGUCCCCAAACGUACAAGGAAUCCUCGGUAUCGGAAGACCCGGACGAUAUCGAAUCGCCUGACGACGAGCUCGACCUCCUUGCCGUCAAACCAAAGGUAUCGAAGGCAGCUGGUUCGCCUCAGAAACUCGUCGUAAAGCUACAUUUCGAGGAGAAGGAAAAGCUUGCCAGCAUGGUUGGACGGACGCGGAGAGGUAGCCGUUCGUCGCGUGCCCAGUCGUCGGCCGAACCGAGGGUGACGCGACGAAGCAGUCGGCUUUCCCACGAACCGGAAGAUAGAAGAGCACCUCUGGUAGAGCUCACGAAUUCCGGAAGACAUGUGCUGGUCGCCGGGUCGAGCCACAGCCCGGAGCCUGUUCGACGGCAGACGAGAGGACGCAAAGGACCCGUCAAAGCCCCCAGUGCCAUCAUAGAAGUUUCUCAGGAAACAUCGAAUCUGUCCCACGAAUUUGGAGACCAACUGGUAGCUGCGGCCACUCAAGAAAGCGAUGCACCUCAAGAUGAAAAAGAAGACAAUGAAACAGAAGCGGAUGACAUCAUGAUGGAAGAUGGUUCACGGAAAGUCAUUGAGGAAUCCGAGCAAGAAGCUCCUUCACAGAAUGUCAUGGAAGACCAGGCGGAGACCCCCAUUCCGAAUGACGACGAAGAUGACGAUGAAGGGCCUGUCACUCGGCGACGUAACCUUCGGAGUCGCAGAGACGAUACAUCGAGCCCAGGUGGACGUCGGUCCCAACGCAUAGCCAGCAAGAGUCGACGAGAGAAGGCGCAAGAAUUACGACCGAAGCGAGGCCGUGGACGCCGCACGCAGCAGGACUCGACUAUCGUGUACGAUUCCCAACCGAAGCUUCGAAGUCGCGCCAGCAGAGUCGAUUACCGAGUUUUUCGUCCAGAGCUGGUGCAGCAACUCGACGAAGACGGCCCACCUGCCGCUUCCACGCCUAGCCGCGCCCGUCGCGGUGCAGGAGGUAACGGUUACCGCAGUCUCUUCUCGUUAGCCGGGCCUUUCGGAGGAAUGAGUGGACCACCACCUCUCUUCGGUGGCCCAGACGGUGUCGGGGCUACAGGAGGAGUCGACUCAGAUAGUAGCGACGAUGAUGGCGGCCAAAUCAGACCGCGAGCCGAUAUUGGCGGAGCCGUGGGCAUGACUCCGACUACCGCGCUUGCUCCAAGCCUCUUCCCACAAACGCACAAUGCCGAUCCUCACCAAGGCGGUGGUGGACAUUCUGGUACGCCAGCCAACUUUGGCAAGGUCAAGGACAAGCAAGCCCUCGCCGAUGCGGACCCUCUUGGUGUCGAUCAGAAUGUCACCUUCGACGGCGUGGGAGGUUUGGAUGAUCAUAUCAACCAGCUGAAGGAGAUGGUCGCCCUUCCUUUGCUCUACCCCGAAGUCUUCCAGCGAUUCCAUGUAACCCCCCCUCGAGGUGUCCUGUUCCAUGGUCCGCCGGGUACCGGUAAGACGUUGCUCGCGCGUGCACUCGCAUCGAGCGUCAGCUCCCAUGGCCGCAAGGUCACGUUUUACAUGCGAAAGGGUGCGGAUACUCUCAGCAAGUGGGUCGGUGAAGCGGAACGCCAGCUACGCUUGCUGUUCGAGGAGGCGCGGAAGAACCAGCCGAGCAUCAUCUUCUUCGAUGAAAUCGAUGGCCUCGCACCCGUCCGCUCGAGCAAGCAGGAGCAGAUCCACGCCUCCAUCGUUGCCACCCUUUUAGCGUUGAUGGAUGGUAUGGACGGGCGCGGGCAGGUGAUCGUCAUUGGCGCGACGAAUCGACCCGAUUCCGUGGACCCGGCGCUUCGACGACCCGGCCGAUUUGAUCGCGAGUUCUACUUCCCCUUACCCGGCGUGUCGGCGAGACGAUCGAUCAUCGACAUCCAUACGAAGGGCUGGGAGCCGCCACUUGCACUUGGAUUCAAGGACCAGCUCGCUGGCUUGACCAAGGGAUAUGGCGGUGCGGACCUUCGCGCGCUGUGUACCGAGGCGGCGCUCAACGCGGUGCAAGGCACCUACCCGCAGAUCUACCAGUCGAAUGAAAAGCUUCACAUCGAUCCCUCGACGAUCAAGGUCCUCGCGAAAGACUUUAUGAUCUCCGUUAACAAGAUGAUCCCUUCGUCGGAACGGUCAGCAACGUCCGGUGCUGCCCCCCUACCGAAAGAGGUGGAGCCGUUGCUGAAAGAUCAGCUCCAACAGAUUUCGGCGCUGAUCGACUCAAUUGUUCCCCAGAAAAAAAAACUCACCGCACUACAAGAAGCUGAGUAUGACGACCGUGAGGACGAAGAAGGAUUCGAGAGGGAAAUCAUGCAGCAGAGUUUCGAAAAAGCUCGAGUCUUCCGCCCCCGACUGCUCAUUCGCGGCGGCCAUGGAAUGGGUCAGAAUUACCUAGGCUCUGCUUUACUUAACAAGUUCGAGACGCUCCAUGUGCAAUCAUUCGAUCUUGCUACUUUGCUUGAAGAUUCCGCUCGAUCACCGGAAGCUGCCGUAGUUCAGCUAUUCAAAGAAGCGAGACGUCACAAGCCAAGCGUUAUUUAUGUUCCCAACGUUGAUGUUUGGUACGAGACAAUGACGCCGUCGGUCAUCAAAACGUUCACAUCUCUCUUACGAACGCUGCAUCCAAACGAUCCUGUCCUUGUGUUGGGCAUCCUCGAAGCGGGACAUGCCGAUGAGCGAGCGCAGCUUAACCCGGACAUGUUGCGCGAUCUGUUCGGCUACUCCCUGAGGAACCAAUUCGAACUCGAGCGGCCCGGAUUACAGGCUCGUCGCGAAUAUUUCGAUCAAUUGAUGUCUUACGUGCGCAAGCGGCCGAGCGAAUUCCCUGACCCUGAGAACCGAAAGAAGCGGAAGCUGGAGGAACUCAGCGUGGUCCAGGCCCCUGAACGCCCGCAAGGUCCGACGAAGGAGGAGCUCAAGGCGCAGAAGAAGCAAGAUCGUCACACCCUCAACCUUUUGAAGCUGCAUAUCCAACCCGUCAUGGACCAGAUUCGGACGAAGUACAAGAAGUUUCGAACGCCCGUCAUCGACGAUACCUUGAUCCAAUAUCUGUACGACGAAGCAGACCCCAGCGUCAUCGUGUCUGAUCUACCUCGGGAAGAACGGAUGAUGCUCCGACCGUUUGAGAUGGCGAAAGACAAACAUGGUGUUCACGGUCUGCAAGAGGUUGCAACUGGCAAAUUCUUCUAUAAUGUCGAUGUUGUCAUGAUCGAGAAACGACUAUCCAACGGCUACUACAAGCGGCCCAAAGACUUCCUGGCCGACAUCAAGCGACUCGCGAAGGAUGCUCGCAACAGCGGAGACGUGGAGCGGACGUUGAAGGCGAAUGAGUUGCUUUCCAACGUCGAGGUUGAUAUGGAGAUGAUCGAAAAAGCAAAUCCAGCGCUGGUCGCGGAGUCCGAGGCGGUUUAUGCCCGUGAGCAAGCCCGCCAGCAGCAAGCUGAGAGGGAUGCGCAAGCCGAAAAGGAAGCACAGGGCCCGCAAGUCCCGUCGACAAACACGCCACCGAACAUAUCUAUCACCACGACCACCGAAACGACCGGUCCAGUCCAUCUUGGAGAGCCGGUGCCAGGAAAGGACCUGCCCCCUGUUCCUCCCUACCCGCAGUCCCUCUCGAAUGGCGAUGGCUCCCAUAGCCAUGGACAAAGUAACGGGUCGACCGUGCCAUCCCGACUUGGCGAAGAUACUCAGAUGAGCGGGACGGAUGACUUGAGCGGCCCAACACAUGCUGCCGAGCCACCCUCUCAGUCGUACACCCCGCAACGGACCCUGGAGAAACGAUGGCAGCGAUCCGCCAUGGAGAAGAUGCCGCCGAACUCCCAGCCGGAAGACUUCCACAACAGCGCGUCAACCACGACAUCGGGACAGAAGACGACAGACCACUCGCAGUCGAAUCGGUCGUCGGACCGAUCGCAAUUCGAGAAAAAUACCCAGAGUUCCAACGGAGCUAGCAUGGUCUAUCCGGAUUUCUCCGCUCUGCCAAACUCGCUUGCGUCCGAGGAUCGAUAUACGAGCAGUGAUCCAUCGCAACAACACGAAAUCUCCUCGCAACCUGGCCCUCGCUCCGACCCGACAAACAUCACCUCCCUCCUCAAUGGCCCAGGCGAUGAGAGCAUGCCGGCACCCCAGCAGCCGCUAGUGCUCGACGAGAAGUUCCUCGAGCAGCUGCACUCGGAGCUCGUCGACCGCUCCUCGGGGCUGUCGGUCGAGCAGCUGGAGCAGGUGAACGCUGCGCUCAUGAACACCAUCUGGAAGACGAAGCGGUACUGGAACCGCAACAAGGUGAUCAAGGACCUGCAGGACCAGUACAACCUGGUGAUCCAGGACAUCGAGGAGAUUCAGUUCAUCGCGAACCCGAGCCAGGCGAACCAACGGAAGGGUCCGUCGCAGGUGCCCUGA